GUUUAUUCAGGGAGAGCUUUGCUGAGAGCUGGAGCACGCCAGCAGCGGGGCUCGUGGCCACCCAGCACCUGCUCAGACAGGAGGCUGCGGCCCAGGACUGCGUGGCUGGUGGGGGCCAGGCUGAACCAGGCCUGGGGCUUGCCUCCCUUGCCCAUCCUUGCCUCCCUGGGCCCAUAAGCAUCAACGUCUCGGUAGAGACCAAGGACCCUGGAUUCCCCCAGUGACGGGUUUGGCCUCUGGACAGAGAGGUCCCAGAUGUUAAAGGUCGGAACCCUCCAGACUGCCAAGGACUGUACUCACCACCCAGAAAUAGCUGCUGCCUCUGGGCAACCUUGUAGGCACCUUCUCCACCCAGGACAUGGGCACCCGUGAUGAUUUCCCCAAAGCCAAGGUCCUGGCCCCCGUGGCUGAGUACUGCGGGAGCAUCCCUCAGACCAGUGCGGGGCCCGGGGUGCUCCCGCCUGGAAGCAUCAAUUCCAGUCUGCCUCAUGGAGAAGGUUCCCUCCAGCCUGAGCCAAACACCCUACUGUGCAAUGAGGAACCGUCACAGCUCCUGAGUGGACAUGGAGAGCUGGGUGGCCUCAAGCUGGACACCCCUUCCAAGGGCUGGCAGGAGAGGAAUGGUCGCCCCAGGAACCUUGGGGCCUUGUCUUUGGGGGCCCAGCCUCUGGUGCUCCUCCCUUCUCUGGAGUCAGAGGCCAAUAGCAUGGCCAGGGACACCACCCAGAUUAAGGACAAGCUCAAGAAAAGGAGGCUCUCAGAGGGCUUGGCAGCGUCUUCCCAAGCCUCUCUGAAUCCAGGGGGAGGCCCCCAAGGAGUUCCCCUGUGGAGCACCAUCCCCCGAGCCACCUCUCAGAGGCUGCUGAGGGUGCCCAGGCCGAUGCCUCCCAUCCAGAGCAUCCCCACCACCCCUGAGGCCAGUGGAGUCAAAGAGAAGGGCCUGGACCUGCCGGGGAGCAUUCCGGGUCCUCAUGAGUUGAGACCCGGUGCUCAGGAGGCACAGAUCUCCAGGCAAUACCUGCACUGCAGUGAUGAGAAGAUGCAGAAGUCCCUGGGGGGCAUCGUGAUCCCACCCAUCCCAAAGGCCAGGCCGGUUGCAGCGACUCCCUCCUGUGUGCCUGGCUCCCUUCCCAGCCCAUUACCUCCAGGCCAGGGAGUCCUCACAGGCCUGAGGGCCCCACACAUGCGAUUGGCUCGGGAGAGUGGGCCUCGGGAGAAGACCCUCGCAUCUGUGGAGCCAAAACCUUUGGCCUCACCCGUCAGAGACAGGCCUGCCGCUGCCAAGAAGCCUGCCCUGCCUUUUUCUCAGUCUGCUCCCACGCUGACAGCCUUCUCCUUUGACCAUGCCGAAGAAGCCUGCCCUUUGCUGAAAGAAGAGGACCAGAAGGAGAUCAGCACCAAGAUCCAAGUCACCAUCUCCAAGUCCGCCCGGGAGAAGAUGCGGCUGAAGCAGACGAAGGAGAUGGAGCUGCUCCGGAGGCCGGAGGAGUCCAGGACAGAGCGGGGGCUCACUCCCCAGGGCCUGGGCUCCCGGACAGCCUUCAUGAAGGAAGCUAACUCAUUACCUGCGGUGCUCACACUGGGUUCUCCUGAAUGGGAAGAAGAGGAGGAGAUGGAUCUUAGAGGCUGUAAGGAGUUGAGGCCUUUCUCGAACCCGGAGCUGGGGCUGAUGGAUGCACUCCAGUGCCUCAACAGCAGUGACUGGCAGACGAAGGAGAAGGGGCUGGUGAGCAUCCAACGCCUGGCAGCCUGUCACUCAGAGGUCCUCACCGGGAGGCUGCACGACGUGUGCUUGGCGGUGACUGGGGAGGUCACCAACCUGCGGUCCAAGGUGUCUCGCCUGGCCAUCACCACCUUGGGAGACCUCUUCCAGGCCUUGAAGAAGAAUAUGGACCAGGAGGCCGAGGAGAUUGCCCGCUGCUUGCUGCAGAAGAUGAGGGACACCAACGAGUUCAUCCAGAGAGCAGCUGGCCAGUCCCUGAGGGCCAUGGUGGAGAACGUGACCCUUGCCCGCUCCCUGGUGGUCCUCACCUCGGCGGGUGUCUACCACCGGAGCCCCUUGGUCCGGAAAUAUGCAGCCGAGCACCUCUCAGCUGUGCUGGAGCAGAUCGGUGCUGAGAAGCUUCUCUCGGGCUCCAGAGACAGCACAGACAUGUUGGUGCACAACCUGGUGAGGCUGGCCCAGGACUCCAACCAGGACACCAGAUUUUAUGGCCGGAAGAUGGUGAAUAUCUUGAUGGCGAACACUAAGUUUGAUGCAUUUCUGAAGCAAUCCCUCCCAUCUUACGACUUGCAGAAGGUCAUGGCAGCCAUUAAACAGCGGGGAAUAGAAGAUAAUGAGGAACUUCCCUCUGCCAAAGGCCGCAAGGUGUCGAGGAGUCUGGUGGUGUGUGAGAACGGGCUGCCCAUCAAGGAGGGGUUUAGCUCCAAUGGCCCAAGGCUGGUGGGGCUGCGCUCCAUGCUGCAGGGCGGCGGGGAGAUGGUGGAGCAGCUACGGGAGCUGAUGCGGCUGCUGGAGGCCAAGGACUUCCGGUCCCGGAUGGAAGGCGUAGGGCGUCUCCUGGAGUUCUGCAAGGCCAAGCCGGAGCUCGUCGCUGCCCACCUGGUCCAGGUCUUUGAUGCUUUCACCCCAAGGCUUCAGGAUUCCAACAAGAAAGUGAGCCAGUGGGCGCUGGAGUCCCUCGCCAAGAUGAUCCCCCUCCUGAAAGAGAACUUGCACCCCAUGCUGCUCUCUAUCAUCAUCGCUGUUGCAGAGAACCUGAACUCCAAGAACUCGGGGAUUUAUGCUGCUGCUGUGGCUGUGUUGGAUGCGAUGGUUGAGAGCCUGGACAACCUUUGCCUUCUACCAGCAUUUGCUGGGCGGGUGCGUUUCCUGAGUGGUCGUGCAGUGCUGGAUGUCACUGAUCGCCUGGCAGUGCUGGUGGCCUCAGUUUAUCCCCGGAAGCCUCAAGCUGUAGAGCGGCAUGUCCUUCCCAUCCUCUGGCACUUCCUGACCACCACCACCGGGAAUGGCACCCUGCCUGGACCCAGCGGGAUCAUCCGCGGGGUGGUGAGCCGGCUGUCCAGGAGCCUCCAGGAGCACAUGGGCCCCCGCCUACUGGACUUCGCCGCCAGCCGGCCAAAGCACGUCCUCAAGACGCUCCGGGAACUCUUAGACUCAGAGUCCUUGGGAGGCAGCCACAAGGCCACUAACAGAGGGGUGGCCCCUGACAGCAAGACAACUGGCAGCUCAUACCCUUUUCAGCUGGAUUAAAGAUGGAUCUGAAAUGGGCAAUUAUUAUUUUUUAUCUUAUUUUUGUGAUGGAAUAUUCUCCUGGUUACUUUCCCCUUUAGAGUUCCAGAUGUACAUGGUAUAUUUUGAAGUAGAAAUAAAAGAAUUACUUAUUUUCCU